UGUAAAGCAAAACACCAGCAUAAAAAUAAGCAGCAGUAUGAGUGGUUGGAAACUGGAGAGUCAGAAAAUAGCUGACUAAUUCUGGGAAGGGUAGUUUGGGAGAUUAAACAGCGUAAUGGACGAAGGAGGAGCUAAAACUCCAGAAGAUGGCAAUAGCUGCCUUAAAAAGCAGCGAAGAAGAAGACAGGCGGCUAACUGUAGCUGUGACGUUAGCUAACCUGUAUAACAACAGCCGUUGACAGUUGUGAAGCUUUGACCACGGUGUAAUGCGAGCUCCUCUGCGCUGGGUGCUAUGGGAUGUGAAAGACACCCUGCUGAAGGUGCGUGCAUCUGUGGGACAGCAGUACUGCAAGGAGGCUGAACGCGCGGGCUUGAACCUCAGUCAUGUGGAGGUGGAAAAUGCUUUCGGCCAGGCAUAUCGACACUAUUCCAGCAGAUACCCAAACUAUGGCAUCACUCAGGGCCUGGAUGGACGGUCCUGGUGGAUGGGGUUGGUGCGGGACACUUUCUCCCAGUGCAGGGUACAAGACCCAGCCUUGCUCGAUACAAUUGCUCACAACCUUUAUCAUAACUUCAGUAAUGCAGAGAACUGGGAGGUAUUUCCAGAUUCAAAAAAGGCUCUGGAGAGUUGCUCUUCUCUAGGACUGAAGCUGGCUGUGGUAUCAAACUUUGAUAAGCGCCUAGAAGAGAUUUUGCGUGUUUGUGACCUGCUGUCUCACUUCAGCUUUUUGAUAACAUCAGAGGAAGCAGGUGUAGCAAAGCCGAAUGCAGCCAUCUUUGAUCAGGCACUGCAGAAAUGUGGAGUACCAGCUGCCAGCGUAGCUCAUAUCGGGGACCACUAUGUGAAAGAUUACCUCGCCUCUCGCUCUGUGGGCAUCCACGGGUUCCUGUUAGACAGACACAACAAGCAUGACCAAUCCGACGUUCCUCGAGAGCAUCGGCUAAGCUCCCUGGAGGACUUGCCGUCACAGCUUCAGCAGCACAUAGACUAAUGCCAAACAGUCAUGUGCUCAGGUGCAAAGCUACUCAGGCUAACGGUGGUUCAGUUAACAGACUCUUUUCUGGGAUGUAGCCAUGUUGACCUGAGUGGCCUCAACCACCUAAUAGCUCCAAUUAAAUGCUGCUAACAGACAUUUCUAGGAAGAAUCAUGGGUUGUAUUAUAAAAACUGUAUGUACAGUGUGUAAUUAUUAUGCACUUAUAUUGUGAAUAAAGUGGGAGCAAUAAAUACCAA